AACGAUAAGGCUAUAUAUGAUAGAGGGGAGAUGUUUCGCGGCAAAACGUUUUGCGUCGCGUUGUUUAGUACACGCGUGUGCCGUGUCAUGCAGUGAGUGGACUUGUACUGAACAUGAGGCUGUCACUGCACAUCGCGGUGGUGGUACUGUCACUGUACCACACCUGCAAGGCCGAUAGGCUUGUCCGUGCUAUACCGAACCCUAGCCAGAACUAUGCAGUGCUUGGGGAACCGAUCGAUGCAAAUUUAGAUGAAGAUGGCUACUUUUAUCCAAAGCCGAAGAUACCGUUUCCGCCACCGACAAGACCUCCUACACCACCUUCAAAACCACCACCAGUGAACCCAGAACCAGACGGAUAUUUUUAUGAAAGGCCGCGUUUACCAUUCCCACCCCCUCCACAGCCGCCGAGGAUUCCUUCACCACCACCACCACCACAACCACCGAGAACCCCUCCACCUCCACCUCCACAACCUCCAAGAACACCGGCAAUACCCCAACCACCACCUUUUCCUCCAUAUAAUAUAUGUAACACAUGUGUAAUACCACAACCCCCACCGCAGCCUCCACGGUUUCCACCAUAUCAGCCACCAAGGAUUCCUGAACCAUCCAAUAAUGGGUAUAAAUACAAUACGCCACGGAUUCCAUUUCCAGUAUCAACAACAACAGCAAAACCUGUAACCUAUACUCCUCCUCCACCUUCAACAUAUCUACCACCUACAAGACCUCCACCUCCCCCAACUACUAGGCCUCCACCACCUCCCCCUCCCCCAACCACUAGGCCACCUCCACCUCCUCCUCCACCUACUACAAGAGCCCCUCCUCUCACAAGACCGCCUUUACCUCCAUCACCCAAAACUCAAACAACUGGUUAUAAUUAUCCUAAACCAACAGUUCCAUUUACAUUCCCUACAAAAGCACCACCUACACGUCCUCCUCCACCACCAACGGCACCAACUUAUUUACCCCCCACACAGAGGCCACCACCACCCAGUCCACCGUCAACAUACCUACCCCCUACCAGACCUCCGCCUCCUCCUUCUCCUCCUCCUACGAGACCUCCUCCACCACCCACAACCAGACCUCCACCACCUCCAACAACAAGACCACCUCCACCUCCCCCACCUCCAACAACCAGACCGCCACUACCUCCUCCGACUAGACCUCCUCCUUCACCUUCACCAAAAACACAAACAACUGGUUAUAAUUAUCCAAAACCAACAAUACCUUUUACGUUCCCACCACCCACUAGGCCUCCACCACCACCAACGGCACCAACUUAUUUACCCCCCACACAGAGGCCACCACCACCUAGUCCACCAUCAACGUACUUACCCCCUACCAGACGUCCACCUCCUCCUUCUCCUCCUACUACGAGACCUCCGCUACCUCCCAUAACCAGACCCCCACCACCUCCAACAACCAGACCACCUCCACCUCCCCCACCUCCAACAACCAGACCGCCACUACCUCCUCCGACUAGACCUCCUCCUUCACCUUCACCAAAAACACAAACAACUGGUUAUAAUUAUCCAAAACCAACAAUACCUUUUACGUUCCCACCACCCACUAGGCCUCCACCACCACCGAGCCCACCAUCAACAUACUUACCACCGACAAGACCGCCACCUCUACCUACCCGACCGCCAACGAGAGCGACUCCACAACCUACUCGUCGGCCUCCACCACCAAGUCCUCCAUCAACAUACUUGCCACCGACUAGACCACCACCACCACCACCUCCUCCAACGACAAGGCGACCUCCUCCCCCACCACCGACAAGACAACCCCCUCCCCCAAUAACAAGGCCCCCCCCACCACUAACACCUAAGGCUCAAACCACUGGUUAUGCUUAUCCCCGACCAACCAUUCCCUUCACAUUCUCUACCAGAGCACCGCCCACACGACCUCCGCCUCCACCUCGUCCACCAACUUAUUUACCUCCCACUCAACGCCCUCCACCACCUAGUCCACCGUCCACUUAUUUACCUCCUACUACUAGACCUCCUCCACCUCCUAAGACUACCAGAACGCCGCCACCACCACCACCGCCACCAACUACAACACCCAGACCAGUUACAUACUUACCUCCGAGUCCUUCAACAUAUUUACCACCGCCUAGACCAACCCUACCCCCAACAAGGCGACCUCCCCAACCAUCGCCUCCUCCGACAAGACCCACAUUUAGGACUACGGGCUACGAGUAUCCAAAUCCCAAAGUUCCCUUUACAUUACCCACCCAACCAACGUACUUGCCACCAUCGCGCCCUACGAGACCUCCUCUACCUCCCUCUCCACCACCAACAAGACCUCCUCCUCCCCCUACAAGGCAACCAUACUUCCCGGUAACCACAAAGGCACCCUUCACCACCAGACCACCAUAUGUUCCCGAUGAAGGUUAUUACUACGAUCGACCGAGAGUACCAUUUGUAUUCUAAACUAGCAAAUAAUUAAUUAUUAAGAUGCCAUAAUAAUUGUGAUACCAAAAUAUUACUAUCGCGACCGAUGUAUUAUAAUAGAUAAUUUCAUAUAUAUUUAAUUAAGGCUGAAAGGUAAACGCUAUUUAUUAUAUAUAACAAAUACGAAAAAAAAAAUUUUCCUUCAUUAUCUAUGUUCUCUUUAUCUAAUACUUAUACUAUGAUCAUUCAAAAUCCUAGUGAUACUAGAAUUUGUGAAUGUUUUCAGUAUUUUUUUUAUAUAUUGUACACUACUAUGUUAAUUAAUUUUAAUGAUUUUAAUACUCAAAGGGAAAUUUCUAAACACUGCCAACUAAUUAUUACUUUAAGAUUGUAAAAAUAUUUUUAAUAAAAACUGAAAUUUGA